CUCGAACAGAGAACUCUGGCGAAACAGCUGUAACAUGUUCCCACUCAAAGUGAUUGUUUUUGUUGCCUUGGUUUCCAUUGUUGCUGCAGGACCAUGGGGACAGAUAUGUGCUGGGAAUCCUAGGAACAAAGUAAGGGGCUGUGACAAAUUUGGCUGUGGACAUUAUGGAGCUCCAAGGAUUGUAGGAGGAAAGCACCGGGGAGUGGACGUAAUAUGCAGAGAUGGAUCAACAGUGUAUGCACCUUUUAGUGGCACAAUUGGGGGACGAGUUAACCCGUAUAGGAAGAAUAAUGCCAUUAAUAAUGGCCUCCUCCUCCGUGGAUCAGGUUUCUGCAUACAUAUGUUCUACAUCAGGCCAGUUCGAUACCGUGGUUGGAUCAAUAAGGGACAAAAAAUUGGAGUAAUGCUGCCAAUGCAAAGAGUAUAUCGUGGUAUGACAUCCCAUGUUCACGUCCAGAACUGUAACCGCUUAGAUCCCACUCGCAAUUUAUAAACGGAAAUGUACAUUCAAUGGAAAUGUACAAAAUCCCAAAUAAAAUCAUCUGAGCAAACAAAAGCAAAUUUCUUCUCCUCCUCCACAGACUGUAUGUAGUCCAUGGGAAAGGAAAAGACAUUUUACACAUGCAGCAAAAUAAAAAUGCAUA